AUGUCUUUGCCCGUCAGAAAAACAAAUGCCAAAAUCCAACAAGUCAUAAAAGACUUGAAGGAGAUCACCGCCCACCCUAUCGAUGCCUCCAAGGUUCAGAUUGAGAAUCCCAUUGGAUGUGUGCAAGUGCCAGUCAGAUUGGCCGGACCCUUGCGCGUGUGGGAGACCAGCGCUGCUGGCGAGGAGUGUGAAGAAGUCUAUGCACCGCUGGCUACUACCGAAGCAGCUCUAGUUGCGAGUUGCUGUCGCGGCUGCAAGGCGUUCAACCGGAGUGGGGGCAUCCACAUUGUUGCUCUUUACGAUGCCAUGGCUAGAUGUCCCGCGUUCAUAUUCGACACGCCGGCCGACGCGUUGGCGUUCGCUCAGCAAGUUCCGGCCUUUCACAGCGAAUUUAAACGGCUUGCUGAAUCCACUAGUCGCCGCAUUCAGUUUUUAUCCGUAACUCCGACCGUACUGGGAUCUGCAACCCAUCUGCGUUUUAACUACAGAUGUGGCGAUGCGGCCGGCCAGAAUAUGGCCACCAUAGCAACCCAUCGAGCCUGCCACGGGCUGCUGUUGGACACUCCCCUCAGGGAGGAGCUGAAAAUCCGCAAUUUCCAAUUCGAAGGGGGCAUGUCCGCGGAAAAGAGAGCCAGCUGGUCACAUACAAAGGAACCACACGGCGUCGAAUCCCUGGCAUGGGGGAUAGUCACCAACGAGGUAGCCGAAGAACUGCUGGGAUGCUCAACCGAAACCAUCUACCAGGGUUUAAGUCGUGCGCAAACUGCGGCUGUGCGACAAGGCGGGUACGGCUUUGCGGGAAACCCGAUGAACAUUGUGACGGCUAUCUUCAUCGCCACCGGGCAGGACGUUGCCAGCAUCGCUGAGUCGUGUUGGGCUCAGCUGACGCCUGAAUAUAACUACGAGACGAAAGUUCUGACUCUGUCACUGUAUAUUCCGUCACUUCCGGUGGGAGUAGUUGGCGGAGGCACCCACCUGGGUCCUCAGCGUGAGGCUCUUGACAUCAUGAAGUGCAGUGGACCUGGGAAGAAACGUCGACUUGCUGCACUAAUGACGGCGUUUGCCCUGGCGUUAGACCUUAGCACCGUAGCAGCGAUGGCUAAUGAUACGUUUUCGCAGGCUCAUGCACGGCUUCGCAGAAAGCCGGUGGCCGAUACCAAAGCAAACCUUUAG